AUGUCAUUAAGACUCAGAUAUUGGAACACGGAAACGUGUCCCUAUGAUACAGCGUCUUCCAGUCAACCAGGUAAACCGGCUGCGUUGGAAGUUGGCUGUGACUACGCGUGCAUCGCGUGGGAUAAACCAGUCAAAAGUGACCUUGAAUAUUAUGAAGUAAAGUUAAAGAUUACGGGAGAUGAAUGCUGGUUUAAAAUGCCCAUUUUUACAAGAGACAACACGCCCUACAAGAGAGUUGCGGAUCUCAUGCCUGAGAUACAAUACGAGUUUAAAGUGCGUGGUCAUUACCAGGAGGAUGAAGGUCAAUUUAGCGAGAAGAGCGACCCCGUAUUGACAAAACAGUCCUCUAUGUUUAAGGACGGUUCUUCUGACACUACGACGUCUAAUAUUCCAUCGCGAAAACCAGGGAAGCUAUGCAGUUUAGCUGUAGGUAGAGACUUCACCGAUUUACGUUGGGAUGCGCCUGAAGACAGAAAUGUUUCAUACUACGAGUUGAAAUCCAAACGCACAAGAAGCCAAGCAUGGGACAAGAUGCCUGUGUUCACGGAAGAUGCCAAAACGUUCCUUCGAGUGACAAACCUGUUACCUACAACAUGCUACGUGUUUAAAGUUCGUGCACAUUUUCAGGAUGAUGAAGGGCCCUUUAGUGAUGUUAGCGAUAUUAUUGCAACAUCGGGCGAUGUCGAAAACACAGACGAGAGAGAAAAUGUCUUGUCGGUUGUGAAAUUUCAGGGAAAAUGUUCCCCCACCGAUGAGGACAACUUUAGCAUACCGUCGGAAGGUUUAACAUGGUAUCGCUCGCCAAGACAAACUGAUGGAGGGUACUGCGCUGAUUACCUUAGGAUGGGACAAGGACAUCGUAUGGUCACUGAACCCCGCUCAUUAAGUAGCACCAAUGUAUUGCCAAUUCGAAAAGAGGAUUAUUUGUUCCAUGGUCCAUUUUUAGAAACGUUCCCUUCAUCUGAAGGAUCAACAACCAAAAGCUUGACUGCACAUUACAGCAAUCAAACCCGAAACGAUUCACAGGUUAAACAUUCAAACCGACCCGGUAAACCAACACGGUCUGACAGCGGAAGUGACUUUAUACGUCUUAUAUGGGUCGCCCCAGAUGACAAAAAUGUCCUGUACUAUGAAGUUAAGAACAAACUUAUACAGGAUGAGCUAUGGAGUAAGAACUCUGCGACAACAACCGACGACUCUUCCCAAAUUUUCGUCCGUGGCCUACUCCAAGAUACUGAAUACACGUUCAAGGUUAGGGCACAUUAUAAAAAUGGAGAAGGUGAUUUCAGUGGACAAAGUGAUGCAAUAAGCACAUUACAAUCACCAGCCUUGUCUGUGCGUAAUGUAUGCGUUAAGCUGCAGGGUGGGGAACCAGCAUUCUACAAACUACCAUUGAAGGAAAAUAUGGAUGCCAGAAGCACAGAGUACAAAACGAGAAAGUGUGAAUUCGGUUCUUCCGAUCGUCUUCAGGAAAAGACAAUAAUGAUGAUUGGGGCAACCGGAUCAGGCAAGAGCACCCUCAUUGAUGGAAUGGUGAAUCAUCUUCUGGGAGUCAAGUGGGCAGAUGACUUCAGAUUUAAAAUCAUCGACCUAAUGACUGAAGAGGAAGCCAAGAGAGGAUUAGAGACGGAAUCACAAACAGACUGGAUUACCAGUUAUAGAGUUCAUCCUAUGAACAGAACUGUUAAGUUUAUUUGCAACAUAAUAGACACCCCAGGAUUCGGAGAUACUAGAGGGAUAGAAAGAGACCAUCAACUUGUGGACCAGAUCCGCGCCUUCUUCGACACGAAAGGUGUCAAAGGAAUAGAAACCAUAGAUGCGGUAUGUUUUGUCACGCAGGCACCUCUUGCAAGGCUUACACAAACACAACGAUAUAUCUACGAUUCCAUUCUAUCCAUAUUCGGCAAAGACAUGAAAGAAAACCUCGUUGCUAUGGUAACAUUUGCAGACGGAAAGGAACCACCGGUACUAAAUGCUCUGAUGCAAGCUGCAAUUCCUACAAAAAAACACUUUAUAUUUAACAAUUCCGCACUUUUCGAAUCAAACACAGAUAGCAAGUGUAAUAGAUUCGGCAAGAUGUUUUGGGAGAUGGGUUUCACUAGCUAUGACGGCUUUUUCAACUUUCUGCCAUCAUUGAGGACUCAGAGUUUACAGCUAACAGCAGAAGUAUUAAAUAAACGGGAACAACUCAACGCGACAGUUCAAGGACUCUUGCCACAGAUUGAUCAGGGUCUAAUUGGCCUCGCAACUAUGAAGUCCGAGCGCGAACUUGUGGACAAAUAUGAAAGAGAAAUUAAAGAUAACCAAAACUUCACUUACGAGAUAUCUGAAUUUCGACAGAAAAAAGUAAAUCUAAGGCCAGGAGAGUACGUCACAAACUGUACGUUUUGUCAUUCCACGUGUCAUUAUCCAUGUGGGAUUCCUGAUGACAACGAUAAGGCAUUCUGUGCAGCAAUGUGCAAUGGAAAAUGCAGAGUUUGUCCUCAGAAAUGUGGAUGGCAGUUGCAUAGAAACAACGAUUUUCGCAUAGAAGUCACGGAGGUGAAAGUAACAAAAUCUUACGAAGAAAUGAAAAAGAAGUUAGAGAUAGCAAAAGAAGGGAAGGUUACUAAGCAGCACAUCCUUCGAAGUCUUGGAGAUGCCUUUCUCAAAUUAAAAGACACCGUUUGUCAAAUGAUGGAUAAGGUAAGGGAUUGUGGCAACUAUCUGCGGAACAACGCCAUUAAGAUAAACCCACUUACAGAGUUGGAAUACCUCGAUGUCCUGAUAGAGUCUGAACGGCAACAGAGGAAACCCGGAUUUUACGAGCGCGUUAAAAUGUUGAGAGGACUAAAGCGCAGUGCUGAAUUUAAAGCCAAAUCAAUACAUCUCACUCCACAGCAAAUACUGAAAGAUAUGGGACUCCAGGAUAUGCACAUGUAGGUGUGUAUUGUGAUUAUCAAGUGAUUGAUUAGUAAAUACAAAAUACUAUAGAUAGAUGGAAGUGAUUUAAAUCUAUCAAACAUUCUGAUUAGGUUGGAAGUGUAGGUUGUGCUAUUUCUCGUGGUAUAAAAAAAUAUUCCUUUAAACCUUUCGUAAACCGUGACCAUCAACCUUGAUCACUAACCGUGACCAUCAACCUUGACCACUAACCGUGACCAUCAACCGUUAGACAUAGGAACACCUUUCAAA